AUGAAGAGACGGGGCGUGAAGCCUAGGUCAGGUUUCGAAGCAGGUUCGCCUGCCCCUGCCUCUCGAAAAUCUGAGUCCGCGAAAGCGCACCUCGAGUCAUCAUCUCAGUCAUGGACGGCUCCCGCAAUUGCCCGCCAAGCCGUGGUGAUGAGUCUUGUCGAGGUAUACUUUGAGAUAGUGUAUCCAAUCUUCCCGCUCUUCCACCGGCCCACAUGCCUUCGAAAAUGGUACGUCCUGAUGUUUCUGCACAGCGCUGACGAGCCUUCGCAGAUAUCGAGAGGCGAUUACACUACGGACAAGGACUUAUUCCCAGUGACUAUGGCAGUCUGCGCUCUUGUGUCCGCUCGAGUCCGAGAUGAGGCGGUUUUCAAUCCUUCCUGGGACGUCCAAGAAUUAUCCGAAACGCCUUCGGAAACGUUCUAUGACGCUGCGGUCCGUUACAGUGCCGGCUGCGAAGAAUCCAAACAAGCUCAUACUCUCAACACACUGCGAACCUGUGCUUUGCUUGCCCUCACAGCUAUUCAGUAUGGCAAAUUUCGCGAAAUGCAGCUAUUUCUGGGGAAAUACCACACUUUCGUGGCUAUGGAUGGUUUGCAUGAUGAAUCGAACUGGCCCAACGCCAUCGGCAUCAUUGAGACGGAAGAGAGGCGGCGGCUGAUCUGGUCCAUGUAUACCUUGGAGGUCUAUACAUCCAUCAUUUGGAACGGCGUCACACGGUGUCGCGAACAACAGAUCAAUGUUCCAUACACCACCGAGAUAGAUGAUGAGUUCUUCAAUGAUAUGGGCUACAAUCAGUCAGCGUCGCCUCCAAUUGACAUCAGACCAAGUCCCCGUGGCAGUUGGGGCGAUGUAAGAAGUAACAGUUGGCUCUGUGGCUGGAACUUCACGACCGAUCUAUAUCGGGUCUUGGAACACGUCAUCACCAACUUUCGUGACCGAACCCAGCACAAGAGGACGUCCCUCAGCGACAUAUUCGGCGACAAGACUCGCUUUUCCGCCACUUCGGCCCGGGACUCCAUCAUGGCUUGGUAUGGCAAUCUUCCGGGCUGCUUCAAAGAGUUUCCAGAGGUGACAUGUAAUCCUUCCAGUGAUCGAUACGGAUUUCAGGCCGCCAAUAUCACUGCCACUGUCCAACUGCUUCGAAUGAUGUUAUUUGCGUCGGGUGGCGGUACGAUCGAAGAGCGUUGCAAAAUAGCGAGCGAAGUCGUGGAUGCCUUCAUGCGCAUUCCGGUCGCUUAUCUCAGAGCCAUCAGUUCACCACUCCUUCAUCACCUGGCUGGUAUCGGCGCCAUCCUGGGAAGUGUUCUUGAGGAGCCUCUCAGCGACAUUGCGUAUCAGCAGGUGAGAGUGGUCUUGCUGUCACUCGCACAAUUGUUGGAGAACCUCGAUCAUGGUAUCCAUUCGGCGAUCAGCGCACAGCGACUGCGGGACUUGGUGGCGCAAAUCGACUGCUACUGGAACCAGUUGCUCAUUUUUUCUGAGGGUGAGCCGACUCCUCAGCUCAAUUCAGCAAAUCAAGAAUACCAUGGUCUGCGGCAUCCCGACGCACUGAGAACCAUACCUUCCCAGCUGACCACCAGUAUUUUCGAAGACUGGCCGUGGAACCUCGACCUUAUGCAAACUGCAGAGAGCUGGUCGUCCACAGAUCAGGGUCUAGAUGUCUGA